UUUAUCAUAACACUCAGUACGAUGACUUGCUUUGACAGAGAUAAUUUUGGGUGGUUAACAUUUAAUAAGACUUGUGGAGAAAUGAAUGUUGUAAGAGGGCUUUUCAUCAAACGCUGGUCAUCUGAUGUUCGGUUAGAUGGGAAAACAGCUAUAGUAACUGGAGCAAACAGUGGGAUUGGAAAAGAAACAGCCAAAGACCUAGCAAGACGGGGUGCUCGAGUAAUUAUGGCCUGCAGAGACAUGGUUAAAGCUGAAAAGGCAGCCUGUGAUAUCCUCAGAGAAGUGGAAAAUGCCACUGUGGUUACCUGUAAACUGGACCUAGCCGACACCAAAUCCAUCUGUGAUUUUGCUGAGCUGAUUUACAACACUGAAAAAUCUCUUCAUUUGCUGAUUAAUAAUGCUGGAGUGGCAAUCUGCCCGUAUUCCACAACAGCAGAUGGCUUUGAGACACAGUUCGGUGUCAAUCAUAUAGGACAUUUCUUUCUCACAUUCCUCCUUAUGGAUCUGUUGAAGCAUUCAGCUCCUUCAAGAGUGAUUAAUGUCUCCUCAUUGGCGCACUCCAUGGGAAAGAUCCACUUUGAAGAUCUGAACAGUGAGAAAAACUAUCAUCCUGUGAAGGCCUACGUACAGAGCAAACUGGCCAAUGUACUCUUUACACGAGAGCUUGCCACAAAAGUGGAAGGGAUGGGAGUGAGUGUCUAUGCUGUGGACCCAGGUUUAGUAAAGACAGACGUCAUCAGGCACAUGAAGAAAUCUCUACAGUUCUUUGUCAAGACAUUUGGCUUUCUGAUAAAGACCCCUGCAGAGGGUGCCUUAACCACCCUGUAUUGUGCUCUUACCCCUGACCUGCCCAAUGGAGCCUACUUCAGUGACUGUGCUGUGGCCCCGUGCUCCAGGGCUGCUAAUGAUAACAACACUGCCAGCAAAUUGUGGGCUGCCAGCUGCCAUCUACUGGGGAUUUGCUGGAAGUGAACCACACUUCAACCACAGCCUUAUUUCAUAUUAAUGCCCAUAUUAAGCUUCGUAACAACCCAUCAGCCCACCUGGGCCAUAUAUGUGUAUGCUUCUGCAGAUGUGUCAUGUGAAUUAUUAGUUGUUACUGGAUCAGAUAUGAUUAGUCUGAUAAUAUGACUAGCUAGUAGUGGUUUGUGUCUUGAAAGUGUUAUAAAUGUCUUGCAAAAAGUAAAGUUUUCCUUCAUCCUUC